AUGUCGGUGGUAAUAGCUGAGAAUUCCUCCCAGGUUACGUUUCAGAAAACGACAAAAUGGAAUGCCAGUAAUCGAGAACUUGCUAUUACCCUGGGUCCUCUCCCAUCCAAACUGGUCCAGCAGUCUAUGGUAUUGACGGUUCAAGUGCCUCGCCCAUCAGGACACCGUAUAACCCAGUACCCCCCAAUACCAUUAGUGGUUGCUGCAACAAGUGCUUCAUUUGGGCCUCAGUCGACACCAGCGGAGAAGCUGGUGCAACGGCGGAUUCAGUACGGCGGCUGUACACCAUUCCCCAUGAAAAUCUGGGAAGAGACAGGAAAUAGCAUUGCUCGACACAUAUGGGAUAUUUUCCGGGAUGCAGGCCUUGCAACAGUUACAUAUCUUCACAUGAUCUGGGCGAAUAUAAGGCGUAACGACAAGAGCAAAGGCACUGAACCUAAAAUACCAGCUUUGAAACGGGCCUAUCCAACACCCACAACCAACCUCUUCAGGUAG